AUGAAGAAGAACAGACAGUUGAAAGCAAAAUGGGUUGCUGAACAGUUUCUAGAAGUGUUCAAAACAAGGCCCCACUGGCCUGCAAAAGAAAUAGUGGACUGUAUUAAAAGUGCAUACAAGAUAAUAAUGACUAGAGUGUUUGCAUAUAAGGUCAAGUAUGCAGCCCAUAAGUUGUUACAUGGAUCCAUGCAUGAGCACUACACUAAAGUGGGAGGCUAUUUAGCUGCACUGAACAAAACCAGCCCAGGUAGUCACACUGAGUUAGUGACUGUUAUGCAAAAGAUCCCUCCACCAAUCUUCCAAAGGCUGUUUAUGUGCUUAGAAGGUCUUGCAAAGGGUUGGAUAGAGGGUUGCAGGAAGGUUUUAGCUGUUGAUGCUUGUUUCUUGAAGACCUUCCUGGGUGGUCAGCUCCUGUAUGCAGUAGGCAGGGAUGCCAAUGACCAAAUGUACCCAGUGGCAUGGGCUAUAGUGGAAGGGGAGAACAACUUAAGCUGGGAGUGUUUCUAUCUUGUGCUAUUAAAUCAUGUUGUCAACUUUCCUGAAAAUUUGUUGUCUUUGGUUUUGCAAGGCCAUAUUGAAUGUUGUCUCCACGUGUUGCCCAAAGCUGAACAUAGGCACUGUGCAAGACAUGUGUUUGCACACAGGCAUAAGACUUAUAGAGGAGAUGAACUCAAGUUGCAAUUUUGGAGGAUUGCAAAGAGUUACAACAUUGCUGAUUAUGAAGAAAGAUUGCAGGAGCUGGCUGUAAUCAACAAUGAUGCAGCUGAAGCUUUCAAACGCUACAAUCCAUAUUUAUUUUGCAGGGCUUAUCUCAGAAAUUCAAUUAAAACAGAUGCUAUCACAAGCAAUAUAGCUGAGACCUUCAAUGGGUAUAUAAUUCAGGCUAGGACAAAGCAUCUUCUCCAUUGCCUGGAAGACAUCAGAGCUAUGCUUAUGCAAAGGAUAGUGAAGAAAAGAAGUGAAAUGAUGAAGUGCACAACUGCUCUUUGCCCAAGAAUUCAGUCUAAGUUGAAUAAGGAGAAGAACAAGUCUGCCUAUUGUGAAGUGUUCCCAUCUUCAGAGACUUUGUUCAAUGUCUCUCAUAAUAUGGAUCAGGUUGUUGUCAACUUGGAAACUAGGAGUUGUUCUUGUAGGAAAUGGGAUAUGCUUGGCAUUCCCUGUUGUCAUGCAUGUGCAUGCAUAUUCUUCCUAAUGAAAGAAGCAGAGCACUAUGUGGAUCCCUGUUACACUAGGGAAAACUACUUGAAAGCCUAUGCAGGUUCUAUUCCACCUUCCACCCUCCACAACAAAAGAAAGUGUCCUCACAAGGAUACUGCAGAGGCCCCACCUGAACCACCCACAAAGAAACCUAGGGGAAGACCUAAUAAAUAUUGCCAGCCAUCCCAAACUAGUGUUGCUGAUGCACAGGUUGCCCCACCACAUCAUCACAUAUCUGCCCAACCCACUCAACUUGGGAGAGGGGGAAGGGCAAUAAGAGGGAGAGUGGGUGCAAGAGGUGGUCAACAACCUCAGACCGGGAGAGGUCAAUCACAGACUUCUGCAGCAGCUACAUCACAGGCUGUUGGGUUGUCUCAAUCUACAGUGAGAAGGGGUGGCAGAGCUGGUGGGAGGAGGCAGACAAUGGGUGGUAGAGGUUCUUGGAGAGGCCAUACAAGGGGUGGCAAAGGAAGGGGAAGAGCUCCUAUAGGGGUUGGAGUUCUAUUUGGUGCAGAUGGGUCUGUACUACCCAAUGUUAGAGGAAAAUCUUCUAAGGAGCUAUCUGGAACAACUAUCACCAUGAAGACCAGAGCAGCAUCAAGUCAGCAAGCCUAUAAUGUCAUGACUCGAGAUAGCUUAAGCCACAAAACAACCAAGCAUCAUCAAACUCAGUAG